UUUUUGUUUGCACGUCACUAGCAUAAGUCAUCGUGUUGCGGGGUCUUGUGUGCGUGCGUCGUGCUGUUGGUUUUGUGUUUCAUUAAUUUAACAUUUAAGUUAAAAGUUAUAUAUUUUGUGUUGCUUUUGUUAUUACAAAUAAUGCGCCCGAUUUUCAGCAUUGCUCGAGCACACAUCAAUACAUAAAACAGUCAGUCACUACUUGGAAGAGGAUGCAGCGCUUGUGGCAUAUGCUGCAUGCGUUGCUGCUGCUGCAGUUGGUUGCAGCACAAAGCGAUGGCAGCUAUUACAACCUACAACAACAGCAACAACAACAACAGCAGCAACAACAACCGCUGCUGCCACAGCCCACAUCGACAUACGAUAACAAUAAUCCAUUAUACGGAACGAAUCCCAAUUUGAAUCCAAAUCUAAAUCCAAAUCCAACUGUAUACCGCAAUGAUGGCAGCUACAAUGAUUUAGGCACUCAGGAUGAUUAUAAUAAGCGCCUGGGAGGGGGCAUCGGUGGCUACGGUGACGACGAGCCCAGUUUGCAGCGCGGCAAGUCGGCGUACAAUACGAAGAACAUAUUUCUGGAGACAUUGCAUAAUCGCGAGCCCACCUACUUUAUUGUUGCCUCUCGCAUGGUGCGUCCUGGUCUAAUUUAUCAGGUCUCCGUUUCGAUACUUCAAGCGAAAUACCCAAUCACUGUCCAUGCGAGUAUCUCGUGUGAUGGCGUUCAAGUUAGUGGCGAUUCCAAGGAUGUCAAGGAGGGUGUGCCCGAAACUUUGCUGAUGAGAAUACCGCCCACAAGUGUAACGGGAAAUUAUCGAUUACGUGUGGAGGGUUUCUAUCAAGAUGUGUUUGGAGGCGUUGCGUUCCUAAAUGACACGCGACUUGACUUCUCGCAACGCUCGAUGACGAUCUUUGUGCAGACCGACAAGCCGCUCUACAUGCAGGGCGAGACGGUGCGAUUCCGUACCAUACCGAUUACCACAGAACUGAAGGGCUUCGAUAAUACCAUCGAUGUCUACAUGCUGGAUCCCAAUGGACACAUACUUAAGCGUUGGCUGUCUAGGCAAUCGAAUUUGGGCUCCGUUUCGCUGGAAUACAAACUCUCAGAUCAGCCCACAUUUGGUGAAUGGACGAUUCGCGUAAUUGCCCAGGGUCAGAAGGAGGAGAGUCACUUCAGUGUUGAGGAAUACUAUCAGACACGCUUUGAAGUCAAUGUCACAAUGCCGGCGUACUUCUUCACUACUGAUCCAUAUAUCUAUGGACGAGUUAUGGCUAACUUUACGAGCGGUCUGCCCGUGCGCGGUAAUCUAACACUGAAGGCCACUAUUCGACCCAUUGGCUACUUCAGCAACCAAGUGCUUAAUGAGAAAUUUCGUUUGGGUCGCUCGCCGCUGGAGCAAAUGAAUUUAUAUAAUGAUCGCUGGCGCUAUAACAAUCCCAAUCAAAAUCCGAAUCAGCAAUUUAAUGUGCCUGGUCAGCUGCCGCAGGAUGGCGUGGAUCUGUCGCAGGAGUUGCUCUAUCGCAAUCAAUACGUUGUGGAGCGGAACUAUCAAUUCGAGGAGGAAUGGCCAUUCUGGGUGCGCAAACCGGAAGUACUGGACAGCUAUGAUUCGUGGACGAGCAGCUAUCGCAAUACCUUGCCAUUUUUGAGGUACUUCAAUGGCACCUUCGACUUCAAAUGGCCGCUGCGUGAAUUGGAGCUGCUUGUGCCGAAUAUGGCCAACAUGGAGGUGCUCAUUACGGCGACAGUGGGCGAGAAAUUCUACGAUGAGAUCAUCAGCGGCUAUUCCGUGGCACGUAUCUACAAUUCCAGUUUACGUGUCGCGUUUCUGGGUGAAUCGCCGCAGGUCUUUAAGCCGGCAAUGCCCUUCACUACCUACCUGGUGGUGGAAUAUCAUGAUGGAUCCCGCAUAGAUCCCUAUUUAUUGCGUCAGGGCCUGAUGGAGGUCAGCGGCUUUGUGGAGAGCCGCAACGGUGGACGCCGUGACUGGCCCGCUCAGCGCCUGCAUAUGUCCCAGCAAACAGAAGGCGUCUGGGAGGUGAAGAUUGAUUUACGCCACGAUUUGCAGCUAGACGAUCGUCCACAGUCGAGGGAUUUCCUCAAUGGUAUACAGAAUAUGCGCCUGCAGGCUGUCUUUAUAGAUCCGCGAGGUGAACGCAUUCAAACUGAGUUAUUGCUCGUCGCACACUACUCACCGCGCAAUCAACACAUCAAGAUCACCACCAGCACGGAACAGCCGGUUGUGGGAGAGUACAUCAUCUUCCAUAUACGCACCAACUUCCACUUGGAGGAGUUCAACUACCUCAUCAUGUCCAAGGGUGUUAUUCUGAUUAAUGAUCGAGAAACCAUUAUCGAGGGUAUACGCACCAUUGCGGUGGUGCUCAGCGCUGAGAUGGCUCCAGUGGCAACUUUGGUGGUCUGGAAGAUCACCCAGCAGGGUCAAGUGGUGGCCGACUCUCUAACCUUCCCCGUCAACGGAAUUUCUCGCAACAAUUUCACGGUCUACAUUAACAAUCGUAAGGCACGUACGGGCGAGAAAGUUGAGGUGGCCAUCUUUGGUGAGCCGGGGUCCUAUGUGGGUCUCUCUGGCAUCGAUAGCGCCUUCUACACCAUGCAGGCGGGCAACGAGUUGACCUAUGCCAAAAUUAUCACUAAAAUGUCCAAUUUCGAUGAGCAAACAAAUGGCACUUACAGACGCAUUUGGUACUCCCACGAAGGCAAUCCCGAUGAGCUUGUCUAUUUCCCGGCCUCGUCGUUCGGUAUCGAUGCGAAUCGCACGUUCGAGUACAAUGGAUUGAUUGUCUUCACGGACGGCUAUGUGCCACGCCGGCAGGAGAGUUGUAAUCGCACCUUGGGGUAUGGUGAGUGCCUGAGCGGACGUUGCUAUCGCCUGGAGAAACAUUGCGAUGGCCUAUUCGACUGCGACGAUGGCACGGACGAGAUCGGCUGUCGAGUGCAAAACGAUACGGAGCUCUUGAACUAUCGCAAAUAUCGCUUUAAUCGCGUGCUGCGGCACUACGAGAACGUUUGGCUGUGGAAAGAUGUGAAUAUAGGUCCGCAUGGUCGUUAUAUAUUCAAUGUGGAUGUGCCGGACCGCCCCGCCUAUUGGAUGGUCAGCGCUUUCAGCGUUAGUCCAUCCAAGGGCUUUGGCAUGCUGAAUCGCGCCCUGGAAUAUGUUGGCGUGCAGCCGUUCUUCAUAAAUGUGGAGAUGCCAACGGUCUGUCGCCAGGGCGAACAAGUGGGCAUCCGUGUCACGGUCUUCAACUACAUGACGACGGCCAUUGAGGCGACGGUUGUGCUGCAUGGCAGUCCGGAUUACAAAUUUGUCCAUGUGGAAGAGGAUGGCAUUGUACGCAGUUAUAAUCCGAGAACGAGUUUUGGUGAACAUCAGUUCUUUAUCUAUUUGGAUGCUCAGGGCACGACGGUGGUUUAUGUGCCGGUGGUGCCGCAGCGACUGGGCGACGUGGAUGUCACUCUUCAUGUGGCGACGCUACUGGGCACGGAUACGAUCACCCGUACACUGCAUGUCGAAUCGGACGGCUUGCCGCAAUAUCGCCAUCAAUCGGUUCUGCUGGAUCUGUCUAACCGCGCCUAUGUGCUGGAGUACAUGCACGUGAAUGUGACCCAGACACCGGAAAUACCUUACCAGGUGGAUCGUUAUUUUGUCUAUGGCUCGAAUCGGGCGCGAAUCUCUGUCGUCGGUGAUGUGGUUGGACCCAUAUUCCCCACAAUGCCCGUGAACGCUAGCUCGCUGCUGUAUCUGCCAAUGGAGUCGGCCGAGCAGAACGCGUUCAGCUUUGCUGCGAAUCUCUAUACGAUUAUGUACAUGCGUCUGAUCAAUCAGCGCAACAAGACGCUGGAGAGGAAUGCCUUCUAUCACAUGAACAUUGGCUACCAGCGACAAUUGAGCUUCAUGCGUCCUGACGGCAGCUUCUCGCUGUUCCGCUCCGAUUGGAAUAAUUCGGCGUCGUCGGUGUGGUUGACCAGCUACUGUUUGCGCAUCUUCCAGGAGGCCUCGUUCUACGAGUGGGAGAACUUCAUUUGGAUCGAUGCCACGAUCAUUGAGAAGAACAUGCGCUGGCUGCUGCAGCAUCAGACGCCGGAGGGCGCUUUCUAUGAGGUCACCUGGCUGCCGGAUCGUAAAAUAAAUCGUACAAACUUUGCCAGUUACACAAGUCUACGGAAUCGUAAUAUCACCUUGACCUCCCAUGUACUGAUCACGCUGGCCACCGUCAAGGAUCUGUCCGGAACUCUUGGUUCGCGUGUGGCACUGGCCACUCAGCGAGCCGUUGCCUGGAUCGAACGAAAUAUGCAAUUCCUGAAAGAAACGCCGGAGCCAUAUGAUGUCGCAAUCACGGCGUACGCAUUGCAGCUCUGCAAUUCACCGAUAGCGGAGCAUGUGUUUAGCAUAUUGCGGCGCCAUGCACGAACCAUUGGCGACUUUAUGUAUUGGGGCAAUCAGGAGUUGCCACAGCCGCCACGUAAGCUGGAGAAUCAAAAGUGGUUCUCAUUGCCGCGACUGCCGUAUGAAUACGAUUCGCUGAAUAUCGAGACGACGGCAUAUGCAUUGCUGGUCUAUGUGGCACGUCGUGAAUUCUUCGUGGAACCGAUUGUGAGAUGGUUGAAUGCACAACGUCUGAAUGAAGGCGGUUGGGCAUCCACGCAGGACACAAGCACAGCCUUGCGUGCCUUGGUCGAGUAUACCGUACGUUCACGUAUCCGUGAUGUGUCCUCGUUGAGUGUGGAAAUUGAAGCAUCCUCACAGGGCGGCAAAACCCAGGAGCUGCGCAUUGAUGAUACCAAUUUGGCCAGGUUGCAGAGCAUUGAGAUACCAGAUGCUUGGGGCACCAUUAAGGUGCAGGCCAAGGGCGCUGGCUAUGCUAUACUGCAGAUGCACGUUCAAUACAAUGUGGAUAUAGCAAAAUUCCAAACGAAGCCGCCGGUUCCAGCCUUUGGAUUGCAUACAAAUGCCAUAUUCCAUGGCAGAAAUCAGUCGCACAUCUCCUACGUCGCCUGUCAAAACUGGGUUAACACCAAGGAAUCGGAGCGUUCGGGCAUGGCUGUGCUAGAUGUGGCCAUACCCACGGGCUACUGGAUACAGCAGCAGAAACUGGAUAGCUAUGUACUGAGUAAUCGUGUGCGCAAUUUGCGACGGGCAAAAUACUUGGAACGCAAGAUUGUCUUCUAUUUUGAUUAUCUGGAUCAGGAAGACAUAUGCGUUAACUUUACUGUAGAGCGCUGGUAUCCAGUGGCCAAUAUGUCGCGUUACCUGCCCGUGCGCAUCUAUGACUACUAUGCACCAGAGCGCUUCAACGAGUCCAUCUUUGAUGCUCUGCCCACAUAUCUGCUAAAUAUUUGCGAGGUGUGCGGCAGCUCGCAGUGCCCCUACUGUUCCAUCUAUAAUAUGGGCUGGCGUUCGUCGAUGUCGCUCUCGCUAUUGUUCUUUAGCGUAUUUAUUUAUCUGCUGCGCAGUCGUACGCAUCUAGUUCUUCAAGCUCUGCAUCUAUUCACCUAGAAGAGGCAAAUCCAUCCAUCCAUACAUCCUUGCAGUCGCCCACCCAUGUCUAACAACCAAACACAAGUUAUGUUUAGCUUAUUAGCUUUGAAUUCGAAUGAGUGUUGAGUUUUUAUAGUUGGAUCUAAUAUUUCUUUUAUGUUUUUUUAAUUUUAUUUUUUACGAAAUUGCAUUCCGUCCAGACGUUUAUCUUAUAUUCAACUGCUAGCAAUUUAUUAUUAUUUUGUAAUCAACAUUUUAAUCGUAAUCUCGAGAUAUGUACAAAAGGAAAGAAACAUCGCAUCCAAUUGGACAAAUUGUGUUUGUAAUUUGAGCAAUCACAGAAUGAAAUAUCAAAUUUUAUGUACACAAACCAUUAACUUAUAUAUAGUUAUAUAUAUAGUAAUAUUGUAAGCUGUAUCAAUUGGAUCACGAAAAGAAUCUCUUUGCCUUAUCGACAACCGCUUUAAAAGCCGCUUUAAAUGAAAGCUGAAAAGUCAAGUGAAAAAAGAAAAGCAUGUAACAAGAAUGUGUCUUUUAUUAUAUCACAAAUUGCCUUUACUAGAUUUUAGAAAUCGAUAGUUUAUAUAUACAACCUUUAUAUUUUUGAAUACUGCAUGCAUAUCAAAUUUUCUAUUUACAUAUUUAAAAUGAACAAUUUAUUUGUAAAAGCUAAUGGAUUAUGAUUAGAGUUGAAAGCGACCGUCCAAUACAUUUGUGUUUGAAAUAAUGCAACAAAAUGAAUCUAAUUAGUGAUUAAGUUUAAUACGUAUUUGUAUUUUUGACAAAAACAGUUUAGAUAUUGCUCUUGUAUAUUAUAUACGAACUAUAUAUAUAAAGCCAUGUACUCUCAAAUCAAGUACUCCGUCCCUCCAUUUAUGGUAAGAGAAGUGAAAUGAAAUGAAACUAUAAAGUGAAAUAUUUUUUUGUAUUUUACGUUUUCUAUGUAACGACAAAAUAAAUAUAACAAAUAAAAUUAACGAACAUUUUGAAUUUGAUUGAUUAGCGCGGAAUAUUUACUGGCUAUGGAGAGACAAAUACAAGAUGUAAAUGAAUUGCACA